AUGAAUAAUCAAAAAAUGUUAUCUUCUAAGGAGAAAAAGAAUAAGGAGGAUAGACCUUACAAGUGUACUUAUUGUGAUAAAGCAUUCCACAGAUUGGAACAUCAAACAAGACAUAUUAGAACCCAUACUGGUGAAAAACCUCAUGCGUGUACUUUUCCUGGAUGUGUUAAAAGAUUUAGUAGAUCAGAUGAACUAACAAGACAUUUAAGAAUUCAUACUAAUCCAAGUUCAAGAAAGAGAAAGAAUAAGAAUCAAGAUUUGGUUGAACCUACUCCAAUGAAUGUUCCUCCAGGUUCAUAUGCUGUUCCAAACACUGCAAUUCCAUUUUCUAUUGAUCGUAAUGGUAAUCAUGUCUACCAUCAACCAUAUCCAGUAUUUUUUGUUCCUCAACCAAAUGGUUAUAUGCAACCUGUUGUUCAAGCUCCAGGCCUUUCUAUUGUUCCACCACCACCUCAUGCACAUGCACAACAAGCACCACAAGGACCGGUUCCUAUUCAAAUUCAACCACCUCAACCACAACGCAUAGCAAGUCCACAUAGUAAUAUGUCUACUCCUACACAUUUGCAACAAGAAGGUUCUGCUGUUUUCUCAAUUCCUUCAUCUCCUACAAAUUCAUACCAAAAUGCUCCAAAUCGUCAAAACCUACCACAACAACCACAACCACAGCCACAAAUUACUGUCCAAGCUGUUCCAAUGACUACAAGAUCAACAUCAUCAGAUGCUAUUAGAUUACCACCACUAACACCAAACACCACUGCCCAACAACCACAACCUCAACGUCCACAAUCUGCCAUUUUCAAAUCAGAAUCUAAUACUAGCCUAUACUCUGAUACUAGUAAAGUAUUUAGUCAACCAAAUUCUACUUUACAUUCAGUAGGUACAUCACCAGAUACAAGUCCUUCUGCAAUGCCACCACCAAUUGUUGUUCCUGCUCCUUCUUUUAGUAAUUUGAAUGAAUAUUUUCAACAAAAGAGUAAUAAUCCAAGAAUUUUCAAUGCUAGUUCUUCAUCUUUAAGUUCAUUAAGUGGUAAGAUUAGAUCUACAUCAUCUACAAAUCUUGCAGGUUUACAAAGAUUGACUCCAUUAGUUCCAACAACUAGUACAAAUACUUCUAACACUACAAAAUCUAAUAUAAUACCCAAACAGCCUUCAUCAACUUCAUUAAAUUUGGAAUUUUUCAAUGGUAAUGGAACUGUUGGACAUGCAAAUAAGAAAUCAAGACCAAAUUCACCAUGUCAAUCAGCAAUGAAUAUUUCUUCAAUAAUGAGUUCACCAAAUGAAACACCAUUACAAACACCUUCACAAUCACCACGUUUGAAUGCUAGUAAUGGUCCUCAAAGUAACAUCAUUGAAGCUGCUCAAGCUAAAUUGGAAAGUAUAGCUACUACAGGUACUCAAUUACCACCAAUUAGAUCGGUUUUAAGUUUUACUAAUUUGUCAGAUUAUCCACAACCCACGUCAAAUUAG